GCCUCUAGCUACACGGCGGGGCUCAGGCAGCGACGCACAGAGGCGCCCUCCCUGUAACCCUCGCGAGCAGCCAAUGAGCGUUCAGCCCGCGCAGGUUUGGAAACGGGAGUGAAACGGCGGAGUUCCGCGCCUGCCCCCUCCGCCCACCGCGAGACGGAAGGGAUAAAAGGAAGAAACGGGAAAGGCCGCCAUGGCUGAGAAAUUUGCCAAGAACAUGUCUUUGUACAGUCAGGAUGUAUCUCCAACAAUCACCAGCACAGUACUAAAUUCAGAAGAUGCCAAAGAACAACUCUUACAAGAGUGUGAAGAAAUAUGGAAAGAAAUGGAAGAGUGUCAGAACAAAUUAACACUUCAGGAAACAGAAAUGCUUCCAGAUUCCGAUCCCAAGCUUUCAUUGUUAAUGAAGCGUUUGAAGGCUCUAUCAGCAGAGUUUAACCAAUGGCAGAAAAGAAAACCAGAAAUAAUGACUGCGAAUCCAGAUGUUCUGGUAGCCUUAGGAAGAGACCAGCUGCAGAAAUUAGACUACGAUCUUGAAAUGGUGCUGUCAACAAUUCAUGCAAAGAACAAAAAACUGAAGCAAGACUUACUAAGGGAACAGAAAUGGUUAGAAGAACAGCAACAGCUAAUAGAUUGUCUCAAUCAAACAGAGAAAGAAAUCGGCAAUCAGGUCGUACAGUUUUCUGAGAAACGAGCCUUUCAAGAACUGAAAAGUAAAAUGAUGAAAAUAAAAGCCUAUAAGGACGGGAUUUUGAAUGCUCUGGGGGAGUUCCUUGAAGAACAUUUUCCUCUCCCUGAGGAGAGCGGAACUGCAAAAAAGAAAAGACAUUUGUCUGAAGAGCCAAAUGUACAGCUAAUAACAUUACAUGAAAUCUUAGAGAGCCUUAUCAGUAGACUCAUAGACACACCGCAUGAUCCAUAUAUAACUAUCAGCGCUUCAUUUUGGUCACCUUAUAUUGAACUUCUGCUUCGCUACGGAAUUGGAUUAAGACAUCCUGAAGAUCCAAACAGAAUUCGUCUAGAAAAUUUUCACCAAUAGCAAGAUGUAUUAAGGCAGAGCUACCACCUGCUCAGUAAAAUAAAGUUAACUAGAGAGAAUAGAAAUGUUUUUCUCUGCCUGAAAAGAGAAUAUGAAUUACUGAUGUUUCAUGUCUUUCAUGCAGGUUCUUACAAAGUUUCCAUAAAGUAGGAUCUAAAGAACUGUAUUUUAGUGUGAGAUAGUGACAAUUCCUUCUAAUGUUACUUUUACUAUUAGUAAAUAAU